CGUAUAGCUCUUCGUCACACGCGAAAGUUGGGGAACUUUCACAAUGUUUUAUAGCCCUCCUCCCCGACAUCUAAGUCCCCUGGACCCCACGGCUGCCGAGCGCAUAUCUGUGUCCAUGAUAGGCCACAGAUCUUGAAGAAAUCGAGACGGUGACGUGGUGGCUUGAGUAGGCCAAUCGGAAUAUCCCACUCACGCCUCUAUUUAUAUUUAUAUUAAUUAAGGAUCGAUAUCUGCAGGGAGAAGUUACUGACGGCGUACAGAAUUUUACCUAUGAGUAGAAUCCAAGACAAGCCCCCAAUUAGAGCAGAGUAGGUAGAUAAGGUCAGAUCAAGGGGGCAGAUCAAAUAUCACUCCUCUUCUUGGAGACACGAAUUCUAAGCGUCACACAUGUCUCCUAUACGCAUAAUACACCAAUACCCACCUCUUUGAUCAUAAUCUAAUAUUUAAUCCGGCGAGCGAUGUCAGAUCUCGGGCCUUUGACGACGACGUUUACACCGGCGUCCGGGUGCAACUCUAUUCUUUCGGGGAUUGUAUACACGCAGACUCUGCAGGAUGGCAACACGACUACUCACAAGUACCACAGUCUAGGUCCUAGUGCCACGUCCGAGUGCUACCCACCAGGUUUUGAACCGGCGUCUGGCUUUUAUUCCCCUGGAAUCUGCCCGUCUGGCUGGUGGUCGGCGUGCGGGACUCUCGACGCUAUCGCAACUCUUACCGAGACUAGAGCGACCUGUUGUCCGCUCGGAUAUGUGUGCAUACAGAAGCCAGAUCCAACUGAGACGUGGUCGACCUUGUCCUGCUCAUCGUCUGCUAUUUCAUCUGUCUCCGUGACAGUCCCAGACUUGUCUAAUCAGAUAAGCAAAGUUACUGUGCUAAGUGGGAUCAUCAUACAUGCCGCAGCGAUCAACGUACGGUGGCAGAGGAGCGAUUUUAUAGCAUCUCGCACCGACGCGCCGGCUUCUUCAGCGACUUCAUCACUACCAUCAUCUCUUUCUCAACCGCCCAUACCAAGUGGGACUGAGACGGAUGAUGAGGACACGGAAACAGGGCUUUCAUUGGCCGCGAAGAUAGGCAUCGGCGUAGGUGUAGGACUGGGGGGGUUGCUCCUAAUCUCAAUCGCGAUUGGUAUCUGGUUGUGGGAAAUGCAUCAUCCUGAGGAGAAAGUGCAGCAAAGGAAUAUGACCAUCAACCGCACGCCAAAUCCUGGGGCUCAGAAAACACCGGCAGAGUUGUGGGAGCAGUACCAGCAAGAGAUGCAGACUGCGAGUAAUACACAUGAAAUGGCCACGGAGAAUAAUCGACAUGAGAUCACAGGGACUCCUAGGCCGGCUGAGCUGCCCCAUGAGAAUUGGAAGUAGUUUUCCUGAGUGCGAAUAUUGUGCUGAACCCUGUUUCUUCUAAAACUUAGUAGCAGAAUUCCUCUAAUAUCACGUAGAAAUGACUAUAUCCAUAU